UUUAAUUAUUGUAUGAUAUAACAAAUAAAAUAUCUAAUUAUUUUUAAUAUAAUGUUUUACUAUAGCGCUCAAAAAAUUGUUUUUUGCCCCCCAAAAUAUAAAUUGUUGCUAAUCGACCCCCAAUAUGGAAACGCCCACUGAUAUAAAGUGUUGGUCAAGAAAGCUUGCUCUUCUUUCCUUUCAUUUGCUCAUCCCGCAUGUUGUUUCUUUUUACUGCUGUAUUUCUUUUAAUUAAAACAAAUUUUGUUUUGGUGGUAUGAUUUUGCCAACUGUUCAACAAAACUUGAUGACGUUGAAGGUCAUGACCUCUCCCCAACCCCCGUAGCUCUGCUUCUGAAGCUAGAGUUUUUCUCUAUGCAUGUACUGUACGAAAUCUGAUAGAUCACUGGUAAUGAUUUUGUAAAAUGUUUUAUGCUUAAAUUUGAUUGAUCUCUUUAAUAACAUCAUUUAAUAUAAUAUAAAAAAUAAAAUGCAGAGUUUACCAGCAUUUGCCUACCAUUUUGACUCGUGUAUUACUCACGUGGCCUUAGACGGGGAAUGUUGUGACAUGCAAAAACCUAUUCAGUGAGCGACACCAUUUCAAUAAACAUUUCAUGAACAUGUUCAUAUUCAUGGAAUGUUCAUCAGCCUGGUAUAUUGUGUGUUUGUUGUUGAGACUUCAAAACUAGCAAGUCUGUUGUGUGGACAGAGCAAGUAUUUAGGCAACACUUCAAUAUUGGAAGACAUGGGAGGAUACCCAAUUGACACACUGCUAUGAACUGGGUAAAGUUUCAUACUAAGGCUUCUGCAUUAGACAAGAAACUGAGAGGAAGUGGGAAAUCUGUGUAGACACUGGAGAACAUUUAGAAUGUGCAGAGUGCUGUCAAUCAAAGCCCAAAACAUUCAGCAAGCACACAAAUAUGCAUUGGCACUUAGCCUGUCAAAGAACUCAGUGUGUUGGAUUUUACAUACAUACCUAAAUUACCAUGCUUACAAAAUCCAAGGCUGGUCAUGUUUUCCAUUACUCAGAUGGAAAACAUGAUCAGUUGAGUGUAUGAACCUAGAUGGACAGCAAAUAAGUGGAGUUAUUUUUAAGAAAUAAUAAUUUUUUUGUGUUGUGACAACAUGGCAGAUAUUUAUCCUUCCAUUAUCACUAUUGUCAAUAAAUAUGAUUAAUAAUUGAAUGAAUGAACAGUGUUAUGUUUCAAAAUGGUAGACGAAUGCUGAUACACCCUGUGUGCGUGUGUACAAUGAAGUAUUAAAAAUCUGGACUAAUUGGGAAUGGACUACAUCUAGAUUUUCAAAAUAUAUGGGAAAAUUAGCAUUUUAAGUUCUGUAAUGCACAAGUGCUGAUGACACCAUGACUUGUGCAAUAAUUUUUUGAAUAUUAUUGUGUAAGUUGUGAUGCUUUCAAUCAUCAGCACCAUACUUAAAUAUUCAAAACCUUUUUAGAAUAAGUUCCAACAUUUAAAAAAACCCAUUGAACUGCUGUAGAAGUAUAGAACAAAAAAUUGAAUGUCAAACAGAGAAGAGCAGAUAGAUCUUAAUGUUCCAUUCUGUUCAGAUUAUGAUGAUAGGACCAGGAAAUUGUCCCAAAAAACUUUUACAGAGCCCAGUUCUUUAAUGUGAUGUAAUGUUGUCUGACAUAUUUAUCAAUAUUUUUCUGAUUUCACAUGAAAUUGUCUCAUUUACAUAAGAAUUUUUUGUCUCCUGCUAUUAAUGAAAUUCUGAAUGGGCAAAUUUCAAUGUAUGAAUUGCACAUGAAAAUUAUUCUUUUUUAAUUAAGAUUAUCUGUUUCACAAAAAAUUAAUUUAAAAAAACUUAAUUUGUUAUUAAUUUUUUUUUCUACAGUAUGGGUGUUUUUGGAGGACAAUUUCAGCAUAAAUUAGCAAUAUGGAUAUUGAUUAUCAUCCUACUCUUUACCUACCUUUGUGCAGUUUUAUGGUAUAAUGAAAGUGUUCUACCUCAUUCAUCAUUGUCUAUAAACAGGUGGAAGGACUUUCCAAAUGCUUUUAAUUUGUCUUUGAUUAACUCAACUGUGGAUUUUUCAACUCUUGUUGAUCUCUCCAAUUUUAAAUUUCUUAUUAAUAAUCAACGGUGUAAAAAUGUCAGAGAUCUUUUUAUGGUUAUUUUCGUACACAGUGCACCUGGGAAUUUCAGAAAAAGAGAUGUCAUACGAGAGACUUGGGGUUCCGAAAAGAAUCUGGCUACGGACUCCUUGAGAUUGGUGUUCCUGAUUGGAAGUGUAGGAAAUCGAUCUCUCCUGAAUGCCAUUUCACAAGAAAAUACAAUCUAUAGUGAUAUUGUACAGGGUAAUUUUGUAGACAGUUAUAGAAAUCUCACAUAUAAACAUGUCAUGGGUCUGAAAUGGAUCACUUAUUUUUGCCCGGCAGCCAGAUACAUUCUGAAGACUGAUGAUGAUAUUUUUGUAGACAUCUUUCAAUUGACAGAUUAUUUGAAAAACACAUUCAGUCCAACUCCUCCCAGAAAAUUUCUAAUGUGUUUAAUUAUAAAGAAUACAUUUGUGCGUAGAAGCCAGAGGAGUAAGUGGCGAGUGAGUUUCAAAGAAUAUCGAGAGGGAUACUAUCCCACCUACUGUGCCGGAUGGGCCAUAAUCAUGUCUUCGGAAGUGGCCCGUCAGUUAUAUUACCAAUCUUCUCUGGUUCCAUACUUUUGGAUAGACGACGUCCACGUGUCUGGCACGCUGGCCAAACGUCUAGGGUUGACUCACACAGACUUUUCAAACAAAAUAUAUGCUGGCGAAGAAGAUUUAUUGAAAUGGUUGGAAAGCGAUGGGCUUUCUCGUCCCUACAUGUUUGGGCAACCCAUUUGCAACAUCACUAUUGUCUAUCAGUUAUGGAAUAAGACCUUACAGUAUUAUGCAUCAGUUGGAUCUCAUUCAAUGGUUUAAACUUUUUGGCUUAAAUUAUUUUGUGUAAAGUGCCGUUAAAUCUUUUUCUUAACUGUGAUUGGGAUGUCUGUUUCCAUAAGCAGAUCUAUAUAUUAUACAGUAGAUCUACUAAAUGAAAAAAACAUUCCUUUCAUUUAUUUUUUACAUUUACAUUCCAUUCAUUUUUCUGUUAAACAAAUUGGAGGUGAAAAGAGAGUAUUUGGAUAUUGUACAACAAUAUAAAUUAGCUAUUCAGAUUAUAAUUGACAGCUUUUGACACAGUAAAGUGGAAUGCUUUUCAAACAUAAUUUAGUAGCAUUUUUUAAACUGUCAUUAGCUUAUCCAAAAAGAAUUAAUUCUGACAUUGGUUAAAGCUAAAUUAAGAAUUAUAUUUUUGUCAUGGUGAUAAAUCAUUUUGUUUUAAAAAUGAUUUGAUAGUUUGAGUUUUUAUUCAACACAUUCCCAUUGGUGAUUGUAGUCAUGGUGUGCUUCAGAUUGCUCACAAAGAAUAUUUUCAUACCAGUAGUUUCAAAACUUCCUAUUUUUAUGAUUAUAAUAAGUAUACGUGCCAAAUUUACUUAUUCUACAUUUUUGUACUUCUCAAAUUGAUUUACUUACAUUAAUUAUGCAGUAAGUAGACUGCAGUUUUUGUAAGUGCUUUAUUUUAAUGCAUGUUAUUUGCUAAAUUUUUCAUUUUGAAAGAGUGAGAUAUGGAUUACAAAAUCCAAAAAUUUAUUUUAUUUUUUUUUCUGUGGGAGAAUAGUUUUAAGAUUUUUGGAAUUUGAAAGACCAAAUUUUAUUAAAAAAAUAUAAUAUGGCUUCUACAUAUCCUCUCCCAAAUGUGUAAAUCCAUUGCCAAAAAAUAUACAAAUUUAACUUUUUAAUGUUAGUGUUAUCAAAAUAUGAAAAAUUGUUAUUUGAUACAAUAAAUUUUCUAGUAGAAAAUAGUAUUUGCUGUUCGAUACUUAAUACUUGUUACAACUAAUUCUUGUUCUUUGCAUUAUGAAAAUUAAAGUUGUUAUUAAAAGUUUUAUUGUGUCCUUAAUGAGAACAAUACAUAAAUUGUAUUUUUGUUUUUUAUGCUUUCACAGAUAGUUUAAUUCCUGGAUUAGCAUCAUUGUUUAUAAAUUAUGUGAACUGAUGUUUUACUUUAAUAAAUAAAAAAUAUGUGAAAUAACACAAAUAACUGAAUGCUCAAUAAAAAUAAUCUUACAAAUUAAAAAACACUCUAACCUUAUGUUUCUCCCUGCAG